AGUGACUUUGACACUAGAUUGAGCGAUUUUUCAGACUUUUUAGUGAUGUUCUUUUCAUGAAGCAACAGUGUCAAAGUCGCUAAGAUGGAGACACUGGAAAGGCAAAGCUUCCUUGUACCAGUGAAGACAGUAGUAGCAGAUCCAUCCAAUCGAACCAGUCCGGCUUUAGAUUGAGGAAGGACCGCCUACCUAAUUAAAAUAAGGACUGAGAAAUAAAUAAAUAAAUGUAGCAAUAAAUAAAUGAAUACAUAAAUAAAUGAACAAAUAAAUGAGGAAAUAAGUAAAUGCAUACAUAAAUAAAUCAUGAAAUGCAUGAAUAAAUAAAUACAUGUAAAAAUACAGAAAAUGUUAAGCAUUUAUUUAUAUAUUUAAUUAUCUAAUUCAGCAUUUAUUUAUAUAUUUAUUUAUAUGUCAUAUUUUUUCAUCCUUUAUUUAACAAGUGGUGGAAUGGAGAAGCACAUUUCACAAAUAUUAGACCUUUAAAUAGUAAACAUAAGUACAGUAUUUUUUAACUUGUACUACACCACAUAUCAAGGAAUACAUAUAUAUAUAUUGUAUGUAUUACUCAACUGCAUUUAUUUGACAUCUGUAGUUACUACUUACUUUGCAGGUUAAUAGUUUACACACAGUGUGGUUACAUACAGUCGCUCAAGCAGCUACAACAUUAAAAUCAAGGCCAGAACCAAGAUAAUCAGUCCCCUAACUAACCCUCCAUCUCAACCCACAACCAGGAACUAUUAUAAUGUUAGAUUUUACUGCUUUUAUUAAUAAAGUUAGCUGUUCAGUUAUAUUUUUUAUAAAUUAUAUUUUCCACUAUGAAGGUCUAGAUACUGUGUCAAAGUAUUCUCCACACGACCAGGAAUAAAAUUCUAGUGGAGAAAUACUGAAUCAAAUAUUUGUUGAUUCAUGUUCAAAAGUUCAGUUUAUAUAUAAUGUCUAAAAAUAGUAGAAUAUUCCAACAAAAUAUUGAAUAGUUUCUUUCACUAUACUCCAUGACCUCAUUCUCUUCAAUGCUAUUUACAGCUUGAUGAUUAAAAUGCUGCUUAUGUGAUAACUGAUUAAUGGGUGUAAGUGGAGGAAUCCCUGUCUAAUUUCUAUGUGUAAUGAUAAAAUACUGUUCAGUUUUUUUUAAUAGUUUGAAAACUUGGUUUUUAUACCCGUAACCUUACUAAUGAAUGGAAGAAUGUCUGUCUGUUUUGACUUUCUUUCGUUUUGGACAACUGCUCAACCCAUGGAAGUGCUGACGAACGGUUCUUGAGAAACCUUCAAACACUAGUUUUCCCCGUUCAGACACGGUCAUAACAUCUGUCUCAGGUGAUCCAAUAACAAGUGGAAAGAUCAAAGUACAGGAGUGAACAGGGAGUGAACCCACCACAUUUUACAACUUUACUCUCCCGAACCAAGUUUCCUGGUUGAAGUUUAGUUUGACUUUGAACCAACGUUGUGACGCAGAUUAUUUUCUCUCUGAAGAUGAAGGUAGAAAGUGUGUGUGAGCUGAUGUGGAUGUGAACUCAGCAGCAUGGAUCAGUGUGAGGACAGAGAGGAGGGAGCCCCUCCCUCUAAAACCACUCUGUGUGGGGAACAUGAGAGAAAGACCAGAGCUCAGAGCAGAAAGAAGAAGCACAAGCCAGACUCUGCUGGACCUGGACCUGGACCUGGACCUGGAUCCAGCUGUGUGUCCAUGAAGAGCGACCGGUCCAUGGAUCAACCUUUUGAUUUCAGAAAAUCUGUUGGUGGAAGGAUCCAGCAGCAGAGACCAGACUCUCCUGAACCCAGCUGUCUGUCUUUAAAGAGCGACCGGUCUAUAGACUGGUUCAUUGACUUUAAAGGACGACGUCCAUCAGCUGAUCAGAUGAUCCAGCAGCAGAGACCAGACUCUCCUGAACCCAGCUGUCUGUCUUUAAAGAGCGACCGGUCAAAGGACUUUUUCAUUGACUUUAAAGGACGACGUCCAUCAGCUGAUCAGAUGAUCCAGCAGCAGAGACCAGACUCUCCUGAACCCAGCUGUCUGUCUUUAAAGAGCGACCGGUCGAAGGGCAAACUCAUUCACUUUAAAGGACGACGUCCAUCAGCUGAUCAGAUAGUGGACCAGGAGAGCUCAGAGGUUCCCAGUGCUCAGUCUGCCCAGCAGCAUCAAACACAGCUGGACUCCAUAUUUAUGCUGCUGGAGGAGAACAUGGUCACUUUUGUCAAGAACGAGCUGAAGAAGAUUCACAAGCUUCUGAGUCCAGAUUACCCAGAAUGCUCAGGGAGUCAGAGGGAGGAUGAGGAGGUGUUGGACAGUGAGGAUGAAGAGCAGAGGAGGAGCAGAGAGGCGUUUGUGAAGAUCACAGUGAACUUCCUGAGGAGAAUGAAGCAGGAGGAGCUGGCUGACUGUCUGCAGAGCAGACAAGUUGCUGCAGUUUGUCGACGUGAACUCAAAUCUAACCUGAAGAAGAAGUUCCAGUGUGUGUUUGAGGGGAUCGCUAAAGCAGGAAACCCAACCCUUCUGAAGCAGAUCUACACAGAGCUCUACAUCACAGAGGGAGGGACUGGAGAGGUCAAUGAUCAACAUGAGGUCAGACAGAUUGAAACAGCAUCCAGGAAACCAGACAGACCAGAAACAACCAUCAGACAAGAAGACAUCUUUAAAGCCUCACCUGGAAGAGACGGACCAAUCAGAAGAGUGAUGACAAAGGGAGUGGCUGGCAUUGGGAAAACAGUCUUAACACAGAAGUUCACUCUGGACUGGGCUGAAGACAAAGACAACCAGGACAUACAGUUCACAUUUCCAUUCACCUUCAGAGAGCUGAAUGUGCUGAAAGAGAGAAAGUUCAGCUUGGUGGAACUUGUUCAUCACUUCUUUACUGAAACCAAAGAAGCAGGAAUCUGCAGGUUUGAUCAGUUCCAGGUCGUGUUCAUCUUUGACGGUCUGGAUGAGUGUAGACUUCCUCUGGACUUCCACAACACUGAGAUCCUGACUGAUGUUACAGAGUCCACCUCAGUGGACGUGCUGCUGACAAACCUCAUCAGGGGGAAACUGCUUCCCUCUGCUCGCCUCUGGAUAACCACACGACCUGCAGCAGCCAAUCAGAUCCCUCCUCAGUGUGUUGACAUGGUGACAGAGGUCAGAGGGUUCACUGACCCACAGAAGGAGGAGUACUUCAGGAAGAGGUUCAGAGAUGAGGAGCAGGCCAGCAGGAUCAUCUCCCACAUCAAGACAUCACGAAGCCUCAACAUCAUGUGCCACAUCCCAGUCUUCUGCUGGAUCACUGCUACAGUUCUGGAGGAGGUGUUGGAAACCAGAGAGGGAGGAGAGUUGCCCAAGACCCUGACUCAGAUGUACAUCCACUUCCUGGUGGUUCAGUCCAAACUGAAGAACGUCAAGUAUGAUGGACGAUCUGAGACAGAUCCACACUGGAGUCCAGAGACCAGGAAGAUGAUUGAGUCUCUGGGAAAACUGGCUUUUGAGCAGCUGCAGAAAGGAAACCUGAUCUUCUAUGAAUCAGACCUGACAGAGUGUGGCAUCGAUAUCAGAGCAGCCUCAGUGUACUCAGGAGUGUUCACACAGAUCUUUAAAGAGGAGAGAGGCCUGUACCAGGACAAGGUGUUCUGCUUCGUCCAUCUGAGUGUUCAGGAGUUUCUGGCUGCUCUUCAUGUCCAUCUGACCUUCAUCAAGUCUGGACUCAAUCUGAUGUCAGAAGAACAAACCUCCUGGUGGUCUAAACUGUUUAGAAACUAUUCACUGCUCUACCAGAGAGCUGUGGACGAGGCCUUACAGAGUCCAAAUGGACACCUGGACUUGUUCCUCCGCUUCCUCCUGGGUCUUUCACUGCAGACCAAUCAGACUCUCCUACGAGGUCUGAUGUCACAGACAGGAAGUGACUCACAGACCAAUCAGGAAACAGUCCAGUACAUCAAGAAGAAGAUUGAAGAGACUCCCUCUGCAGAGAAAAGCAUCAACCUGUUCCACUGUCUGAAUGAACUGAAUGAUCGUUCUCUAGUGGAGCAGAUCCAACAGUCCCUGAGAUCAGGACGUCUCUCCACAGAUAAACUGUCUCCUGCUCAAUGGUCAGCUCUGGUCUUCAUCUUACUGUCCUCAGAAGAAGAUCUGGACGUGUUUGACCUGAAGAAAUACUCUGCUUCAGAGGAGGCUCUUCUGAAGCUGCUGCCAGUGGUCAAAGCCUCUAACAAAGCUGUUCUGAGUGGCUGUAACCUCUCAGAGAGAAGCUGUGAAGCUCUGGCCUCAGUCCUCAGCUGCCAGUCCUCUAGUCUGAGACACCUGGACCUGAGUAACAACAACCUGCAGGAUUCAGGGUUCAAGAAGCUGUCUGGUGGACUGAAGAGUCCACACUGUGCACUGGAAACUCUCAGUCUGAGUGGCUGUAACCUCUCAAAGAGAAGCUGUGAAGCUCUGGCCUCAGUCCUCAGCUCCCAGUCCUCUAGUCUGAGACACCUGGACCUGAGUAAGAACAACCUGCGGGACUCAGGUGUGAAGGUUUUGUCUGCUGGACUGGAGAGUCCACACUGUGCACUGGAGACUCUCAGGGCGGAGCCUGGUGGAGUCCGAUGGUUGAGACCAGGUCUGAGGAAGUAUUCCUGUGAACUCACAAUCGACACAAACACAGUGAACAGAAGGAUCAAACUGUCUGACAACAACAGGAAGGUGACACGUGUGGAGGAGGAUCAGUCAUAUCCUGAUCAUCCAGGCAGAUUUGACCCGUGGCCUCAGCUGCUGUGUUCAACUGGUCUGACUGGUCGCUGUUACUGGGAGGUCGAGUGGAGAGGAGGGGUUGAAAUAUCAGUGAGUUACAGAGGAAUCAGAAGGAAAGGAAACAGUAGAGACUGUUGGUUUGGAAGGAACAAUCAGUCCUGGAGUCUGAUCUGCUCUGAUGGUGGUUACUCUGUCUGUCACAAUGACAGAGUGACAUCUAUCUCCUCCUCCUCCUCCUCCUCCUCCUCCUCCUCCUCCUCCUCCUCUAACAGAGUAGCAGUGUAUGUGGACUGUCCUGCUGGCUCUCUGUCCUUCUACAGAGUCUCCUCUAACCAACUGAUCCACCUCUACACCUUCAACACCACCUUCACUGAACCUCUGUAUCCUGGGUUUAGGUUCUGGUCUGGUUCCUCAGUGUCUCUGUGUUGAGUGAAGCAGAGAGAGUUUCCUCCUGUCAGAGAAACUCAGUGUUGAACAGAUAGUUCAGUCUCUACACGUCUGUCUCUUUCACUCACUCACCUUUUCAGAUUCAUGAAUUAAAUCACUUUAUUUUUAAACUCUUGUAAAUGAUUCUUGUAAACUUCUUCCUCUUUCUUUAAAGAUGGAAACUAAGAUUAUCACAGGAUAAAACUGUUGUUGAUUUUUACUUUUGUAAGACUUUGAUUUUGUUGUCUUUUCACAAUAAAAGCAUCAGUGUGAGUA